AUGGAACAACAAAAACUUCUUUACGACCCGGCUAAUCUCAUUUGGAAUCCUCUCCACACGAUAAACGAGCAACAUCAAUAUUGUUAUUGCGGGAAGGACCGCAGCUUGAUGGAACUCGCUCUACAAUGUAAAGAUUGUCGGAAUUGGUUUCAUGCAAGUUGCCUUGAUAUUUCCUUGGGUCCAGUUAUGACGUUUAUCACUAAUUACAAAUUUCAAUGCAAGAAUUGUAACGAAAAUGGCAAAGAAAUUUUCAAGCGCACAACAGCCGGCUGGAAAGAAAUUGUCGGUUCUUCUAUAGCCAAUUUAAUACUCCAAAACCACAUGCAAGAGUAUGUGGCAACUAGUGGUGAUAAACGGUACUUUUCCGCAAACGUGCAAAACAUUAAGCCAUUCACCUACUACUUCAAUAAAAAAGACCACAUAAUUCCGUUCGUCGACAAAAAUUGGUCAAUUUUGUGCACAGAACGUUCCAGAACGCCAACUUGGUGGGCUACACUAGGCUCCUGUCUUUAUACUAACAAAGAUACAUUUGCAGCUAGAGAUGAGAAAAAUCGAUCUGCUGCUUCUGAUUUUUGUCUUAUAAACCCCAAUUUGUGGGAUAUUCGUUCAGAAUCUUUUACGGAUCCAAAUGACGUUACGACUACACAAAAAUUUACAUUCACAAAAAGUAAAACUACUGGAUAUCGGACCGCAAAACGAAGCCAAAAUCCGUUAUUAACUCCCGUGAAAAUUUCAACACCCGACAAUAACAAUAACAACAAUGUCGGUAUCGGCAACAAUAACAACCACCAUAAUAAUUCUGCCGCCGCGUUUGUACAGUCUGGUGAACAGCGUAAUCUUCGAAACGGAUUUAGAUAUAUACCAUGUCAAAAAGAUGAUUUGUUUCCUAUUAUCGGGUACCGUAAUUCGGAACAGUUCCCCUAUGGAGUAAGAUUAAGCAAAGAGGAUGCAAGUUUAUCUGUUUAUAUAAGUGCGGACCAAUUGACGGCAACUACCGAAAAAGGAUUUCGGAUGGCUAGAGCCAAUUGUAGUGUACGUGAAGGAAAAUGGUUUUACGAGGUUUAUGUAGUUCGAGGUGGCGAAGGUCAGAUAAGAGGAAAGGAUGGUGCUCAUGUAAGAAUAGGAUGGGCUAGACGUGAGGGUAACAGAAAUGCUCCUGUUGGAUUCGAUGGAUAUAGUUAUGGUAUUAGAGAUCUCACUGGACAAAAGGUGCAUCAAUCACGCCCAAAAAGUUUUGGCGAGCCAUUCAAAACAGGCGACACUAUUGGGUUAUUCAUUUCUCUUCCACCAUUGGAAAAAGUUUAUCCUGACUAUAAAGUAAAAUCCGCAAAACGCCAUAGAACCGCAAUCACACUAAAAGGUUCUCCCGCAUUCGAAUAUAAAGACUAUAAACCGACAAAGCAAAUGGACGAUUUACUUAAUCCACCAAUAAAAAAGAAGUUUGAAUCUUCAUCCUCCUCAUCAAAUCUGUGUCAAGGUGUUGCUUUCGAGGAUCUGUAUUCUUUUUUACCUUGUCCUGACGAAUUCACUAGAAAAGAUGAAUUGACUGAUGACGAUGGAACUCUUGGCUAUUAUCCGGCAAUAUCAAUGUAUGGUGGUGGGACAUGUACGGUAAAUUUUGGCCCUUACUUUCGAUAUCCGCCACCCGCUGAUCCCGAGGCUGAAAUUAAACUUCCGCCUACACCUUCUUCCACACCUCCUUCGCCAGUUGUAGCUACUUCAGCAGCACCAACAGUGACAGUAGCAAAAGAAACUCGCACAUGGAGACCAAUGUCUGCACGAUAUAAAGAGUUUAUCGCUGAAGAUAUUGUCUAUGAUGUCAUUGACGAAAUUGAAAGUUGGGCUAGAUGGUUAGGAUAUGAACGUGUAGAUACUAAAAAAUCAUUAACAGCUGCUACCACCACCGAUCGAAAGAAAAAACGAAAAAUCGUAAAAGAGAGUAAUCUCGAUGAAGAUUAA